AUGGCGGACGGACCGCAGGUGCCUCUCAAGAGAAAUGCAUCUGAAAGUGAUAUAAGCAGUUGUGAAAAUGAUAGUGAUUUCAGUGCUGAAGAUAGUAUAGCAGAUAGAGAUUAUCGUCCAACUGUUAGUGGAUUUGAAUCUGAACAAUCCGUCUCUGCAGAAGAGUCGUCAGAUGAAAAUUUUGAGGAACCAGUCCAAAACGUAACACAACAAGCUGGAACAUCACGAGGUGUUCUGGUAACGCCGGAUAAAAGCAAUCCUUCUCGAUGGCAGACGACGAAUAUAGAACGGAGGGAGAAAAAAAAAAGCGCCAAAUCAAACGAAAUAUUGGAUGCAAGUAUGAAAGUAGUAGGGGAAAACGGUUUUGGAUAG